AUGGAUCCCACACCGCCUGAGGACAGGACGUGGGACACCUGGGAUUACUUUGCGUAUUGGAUAUGCGACGCAUUCUCGAUUUCUAUAUGGGAGCAAGGUAGUUCAAUGGUUGCAGUUGGAUUGAACUGGAAGCUCUCCAUUGUAUGCGUGUCCAUAGGAUUUUUCAUCAUGGGCAUCAUCAUCAGUAUCAAUGGUGUUAUUGGAGCAAGGCUUCGAAUCCCGUUCCCACUCAUUAUUCGAUCAUCUUUCGGAAUCUUUUUCUCCUGGAUUACAGUUAUUUCUCGAUGCAUCCUUGCAAUAUUCUGGCUUGGUGUAGGUGCUGUUACAGGUGGUCAAUCAAUGCAGCAAUUGAUUAACGCUAUCUGGCCUUCAUUCUGGAACGUUCCUGAUCAUUUGCCAGACAAUAUUGGUAUGACUACUGCUGGUACGCAUAUUCGUUGGUUCUUCCGCUUCAAGUCGAUCAUUGCACCAGUUGUCAUGAUCGCCAUAAUGGGGACCACCGUUCAUUCCGCCGAUGUUUCAGCUGGAGACACCCCGUUGUUGACCGAUGCAAAUCCGUUGCACGGGUCUCUGCUCGCAUGGAGCUUCUUGGCCAAUCAUAAUUCAUGUCUAGGAAGCUAUGCUAUGCUAGGAGUGAACAUUCCUGAUUUCAGUCGUUAUUCGAAGAGCUUGCGAACUCAGUGGUGGCAGGCAUUCCAUAUUCUGGCUAUCUUUACAGUAGUUACGAUCUUAGGUAUCAUGACCGCAGCUGUUUCUGAGCCGUUAUAUGAAGAAAUUGUAGACAACUGGAGAUCUCCCAGAGGACGUGCUGGUGCGGCCUUUGUUUCAAUCGGCCUUGCGAUUGCACAAAUUGGAAUGAACGUAUCAGCAAACUCAAUCAGUGCUGCGAAUGAUUUGGUGUCUAUCUUUCCGAAAUAUAUCAAUAUUCGAAGAGGACAGAUUAUAGCAGCAUUCAUCAGUUGCUGGGCUUUCGUGCCAUGGGAAAUUUUGGCCAAGGUAUGUCACUCACCCCCCUUUAGGUUAGGUCCUAUUUCAGCAAUGAUGAUGGCUGAUUACUACAUUAUCAAGGGACGCAAGUUGUCUGUCCCUCAGCUUUAUGACCCGAAAGGAAUAUAUUCAUAUGGAAAUGUUUAUGGGAUUAAUUGGAGAGCGGCUCUGGCGAUGUUUAUUGGUUUCGUGCCUCCUCUCCCUGGACUAAUCAAUACAAUCAACACGACCAUCCCAGUUUCGACUGGUGCUAUCCACCUAUUCGAUAUCGGAUACCUAUAUUCAUUCUUCAUGGCAGGGACCAUUUAUGUUAUCCUGAGCAAGGUUUUUCCAGCAAAGGAGACGCUUUGCGAGAUGGACUUUGGUGAAAGGCAUGACCAUGAGAGUUCUCAUUCUGAUGAGAAGGCGGAAGCUUAA